AUUAGGGAUGAUCCUGUCUGGAGCAGGUGGCUGGAUUAGAGGACCUUGUAAGGUCCCUUCCAGCCCUACUUUCUUAUGAUCUUUCCAGGUGUUGAGUUCUAUAAUUCCCUGUAUUCUCCUCCUCUUUCCUAAAGAUGGACGUUAUAUUUUCUUUUUCCAGUCAUCCAGGACCUCAGUCAUAGAAGUAAUGAAAACUGGGGCCAGUUAAGAUACCAAUAAAGGAAAAAAGGAGAGGAGGCCUUCCACAGUAAACUAACUCUUCAUAUUCUGAGAAAAGAGAUGGCUAGUUCUUGGGUGUUAACUUGAGUAAGAGAAGUUACAUCCCUACUCUCAAGGGAGUGAAUACCCAACAACUGCGAUUCUGAGAUAUGGUCCAGCAAGCCCAUUUAAAGGACACUUAAGUACUAAGAGUAAUGCUUUUUGCAUUGAUUCCUCUCGGAGCCUGUGUAAGCAGUACCUGAUCAGGGAUCACAUGGUUGUUCAUUAUAACAAAAUCCUUUCAGCCAAAGCUGCCGUAGACUGUUCCGUGCCAAAAAGCAGGUUGGCUAGCAUCAAAUUUUCAGAUCAGCAACGAAGAGAGAAACUCAGGAAGGAAAUAGCCAGGUACAAAAAGGAGAUGAGUUCAGCUAAAAACUCGUCACGGUCCAGCUCCAGAGGGAGUGGAAAGCCACUGUCAUCUACUUUUGAACAGGUUUCCUGUGAAACAGAAGACAAUGAGCAGCUAUCUCCCCGCACACAAAAUUCACAGAAGUAUUUAUCUAGGUCAUUGUCAUUUUCAGACAGGCAAGGCCUGGAUGUCCCCAGUCCCACAAAAUGCGACAGGAAAGAUGCUCGGAAAACAUCUAAUGCCUCUGCGUCUAAGUCAAGUGUCAGUGAUUCAAGUCCAAUGAGAAAACACACUGAAGUUUCAUAUAGUUUCUCUGCUGAUAGUGUUAUGAGCAUUGGUCAUUCACACAAACAGCAGGAGGCUGAAUGCAAACUCUAUAGUGGUGAUCUCCUAGAUAAACAUUCAGAUCUCUUUACUGACAACCACCAACCAUUCACACCGCGCACCUUAAAAUCAGAAGCAAAAUCUUUCUUGUCAGAGUACAGGUACUACACUCCUGCUAAAAGAAAAAGGAAGAACAUUCGCAAGCAGCAGGUGGAAGCAGAAACACAGACUGAUGUAAGCAGUUUUCAAUCUGAGUCCAAAGCAUCUGAGAGAAAAGUUACUGACUUCCAAAAGAUCAUAACACAGGCUGAAGAUGUGAAGUCUGCAACAGAUGAGACUGAGGGAAGAAUGGAUGCGUUUCAGUAUUCUUUAUCAAGGGAGACAUCCUCAUAUUCUGAGCAGUCUUCAGCAAGGAUUAAAAUCCAGGCUGAAGAGGAAGAACUUCUGUAUUUGACUUUCAUUGAAGAAGUAACAGAUGAAAUUCUUAAGCUUGGAUUAUUUUCCAACAGAGUAUUGGAACGAUUGUUUGAGUGUCACAUAGAAGAAAAUAGGCACCGUUUGGAUGAGAACAAAAUGCGCCACCUACUGGAUGUCCUCAAAGUGGACCUAGGCUGUAGCACAGAGGAGAAAUCUGAGAAAGUCAAUGGGAAUAUGGAGGCAUUUGAUCUGGAAAAGUUUGAAACCAUGGAUCAGCUUCAAAUUACCAGCAAAAAUCAAGGGCAAAAUAAGAUUACAAAGAGCAGUGAGUUCCUGCAAGCCAUGGAUUUAUUAUCAAAGGAUCCAAACAGAUUAAAGCCCCAGUCAUAUUGUGAAACUCCAGAGGAGAUAUGUGGCCAGAAUGGCUUUUCAAAAGAUCUUACUGAAGUAGUGAGCACUGGAACAGAUCCUUACUCUUCAGUGAAAUCUGAAUCUGUCCCAGAUAUUUCACACUCUUUGGAGCCAACAUUAAACUCAACCACUUGUGAGAGUGACUUUGAAACCAAUAAGGGACUUGAUGAUCUUGAAGAAAGCUUUGCAGAGGCCCUUCAAAUCUCAAAUGACUAUGUAGAAGAAUAGACCAGAAUUAACUGCAAAACAGUAAUGCAGACAGUACUGUGGAGAGCCAAUGUUUGUCAAAUAAAUACUAGUGAAUCAUUAAUUUUUAUCUUCAACUUUCCUAUUCAAAUGCUGCUAUUAGCCUCACAAGAGGGGUACAAGCAUUAUCAAUCAGGCAUUAACUGAUCUAGGUACUAACAUAAGCUGUAAUGGUUUAAAAGUUAUUGCUCAAAAAGAAUGUUUUUAUAAUUUAAGCUAAGAGUACAAUUUUGGAACUAGCUGCUGACACUGCUAAAAUUAGAGUAUAUAUAUUUUUAGGUUUAUUGAAGAUGUAAUAAUUUAUAUUAUUUAUUGUUUAUUUAUAAUAAACGAAUGCAGUACCUGCACCAUUGUAAACACAUUUCUGGUAUAACAUGCCAUCAAGAGCUGAGAUCAUCAUAUUUUCAGGAGUUGUUGGGAAGUCUAUAUCACUUUCCAAGAACAAUUUAAUGCAGACAAGCAUAAAAAAACCCCACAGUGCAUAAACCUGUAGGAAGCUUGCAAAGUGAGCACAGACCAUUUCAUCAACCGUGGGGUGGAGGGGAGGAGGUAUCUGCACUUAGAACUCCCUGCCCAUUUUUCAAAGUUGUCUUCCUAAGUUCCUACAGGAGAUGAGCCUUGCAAAUCCAGUUGUCCUCUUAACAAUACUGUGAGAAUUAAUGAGCAUUCUGUUAGUAAUACAUUUUCUGCAUAAAAGAUGCCUAUUCAUCUUGAAGUAAAACCUGAAUCAAAGAACAAUCUAUGUAUAUGCAAUCACAACAGCAGACACUCAAGCAUAGCCUUUGGAUGGCAGCCAGCAGGUAGUGGGUAAUCUGUUCUUUUCACAGCCUUCUUCCCUCUCUGUACCCAGUCCUCUUUCCCCUUUGUCUACCUGGCAAAAAGAAGUAGGCCUGCUCUAGUAAUAGCAGCCCUGUUUUCACUUAACUUUCUGCCAUCUUGCUUGAUUAGGAAAGGACAUUUUUUGCUAAUGGCUCUGCUGUGCUGGGCUGGCUGAUGUGCUCUUUAUAUGCUAGAUGUUCAUGACUCAACUACUAUUUUUGGAGUAUGACUACAGCAACUGGUUUUCAAAUUGUGCAGCACUACAUUGUAUAAUUCCAUUUCUUACACCAAAGGUGGCCUUGACCUAAUAGUCUUUUUAAAAAAAUAAAAUAAUGAGAGUUG